UGAAAAAAAAAUCAUUGAGUAUGGCAGACAUUUACUUCACGAACUGUGACAAAAGUUAUUGAUGUUGUGUUCUUGUAUAUGUAUCGUUAUCAAUAGUUUCUAGCACUCGGAUAUAUUUCUUAAAACAGAAAAGAUGAGAUGAGAUGUAUGUAAAGUGAAAUAAAUAUAAACUGUUAAUGUAACUAUGAAACACUCACUAUUUGUUUAAAUCAACCAACAAUAAACUUUCAGUGAUAUAAUUUUACUAAUAAUUCUUAAGAUUCUUAAUGGUUUUAGUUUUUUUUAGUAAUUACGAAAUUAUUCAUAAGAAAAUGUCAAAAGUAUAAGAAGUUUGUAGUUAAAUGUUUCUAUCUCAUAAGUUGUUUAUACAUCGAUUAAAUUAUAGUCAAAAUCUUUUGGUUGAUGGACUAAAUAUACUAAUGAUGUUUCCGUAUUUCGGUUUUUUAGUUCUAUAAAUAUUCGAAUAGUGAUUUCCACGAUGUUUUUACAUGGUGUGUAUUAUUUGAUUAUUAUGAAGUGCUAUCGACUAGUUUAGCUUAAGCUGCUAGUCUUAUCUCUCGAAUCGUCCGACACACAGCAUGAAGGAGAUGCUUGGCGGUUGCUGUGUAUGUUCUGACGAGAGGGGAUGGACGGAAAAUCCACUUGUAUAUUGCGAUGGACAAGGUUGUACUGUUGCUGUUCAUCAAGCGUGUUAUGGAAUUGUGACAGUGCCGACUGGACCAUGGUAUUGUCGAAAAUGUGAAUCGCAAGAACGUAGUGCACGUGUACGUUGUGAAUUAUGCCCGAGUCGUGAUGGAGCACUUAAGAGAACAGAUCAAGCUGGCUGGGCCCAUGUGGUGUGUGCUCUUUACAUUCCUGAAGUCAGGUUUGGCAAUGUUACGACAAUGGAGCCCAUUAUUCUUCAACUUAUACCGUCAGAAAGGUUUAAUAAGACAUGCUACAUUUGUGAAGAACAAGGCAGAGGUAGUAGAGCUACAGUAGGAGCAUGUAUGCAAUGUAAUAAGACAGGCUGUAAACAGCAAUUUCAUGUAACAUGCGCUCAAGCAUUAGGUUUACUUUGUGAAGAAGCAGGAAAUUAUCUUGACAAUGUUAAAUAUUGUGGAUAUUGCCAACACCACUAUUCGAAAUUGAAAAAAGGUGGAAAUGUUAAAACAAUUCCACCUUAUAAACCAAUUCCAGCGGACAAUGGAUCAUCUGAUUCUUCUCCAGAAAAAGAAGUAGAUGUACCUUUGAAAACAUCUACAGCAGUGAAACGCAAAAGUGCAAGCGUGAAAUCAUCAACAUUAAAUUUGAAAAAUAAGUUAAAUGCUAGUCCUAGUUUAGAUGUUAAUGGAGUGAUUAAUGAUAAAAACGGAAGCGGCCGUAAUACUCCAAAAGAUACAAUUUUAUCAUCAACUCCAGGUUCUAGUAAAUUUACGACCUCGAACUUCGUUGAAACUGUUGUUACUCAAUCGGAGAGUGUGUUUGGCCACGAGAGCAGUAGUGCUAGUAAUACUAUUGUCUCAGAUUUAGUUUCUGCUACAAUUGGUGUUAAAACCGGAGCAAGUAUUAAUUUUGUUAAUAAAAACAAUAAUCAAUCAAAAUCAAGUUCUUCAUCAUCAAAUAAAUUAAGCUAUACAAGUAAAAAGCGAAAAACAGGUGCGCAUACACCAACUGCAUUGGGAAGUGAAAAUUCGAAUAAUUCUGCCAGCUCUGAGGCUAGUGGUUCAGUUGUCGCAGUCAGUUCAAUCACACAAUUAACACCGAGUAAUUCAGUUCAACCCACAGUCACUGAAGCAACUAGCCUUAGUACUACAUCCGAGCCAGAAAAAUUAAAGUUAAAGAUCGAUAAUUCUUUAAAUUCAAAUACAUCAAGUAUUUCUAUUACAACUGAAUCGACCGCAGCACCGGUUAUAAUGUCAUCGCCAUCAACUCAAGCACACACUACCACAGCGACUAGCAUUGUAGUAUCAGUACCUCUUGCAGCUACUUCUCUUCCAAAUUUCGUACAAAGCGUAGUGACCAGCGCUCCUACUCUUUAUCAACAACUUCAACAAAGUAUGUCUACAACUGCUGUUAUUAAUGAAAGUCUCUCGGACUCCUUUAUUUACUCUGAAGAAUAUCCUCCAGAAGAUUUGCCAGCUAAAAAAUCACGAUUGCAGUCAACAGAGAAACAAGAAAAAGUUAAAAAAACUAAACGCGGUUCAACGUCAAAUAGUCAACCUUUGCCCAUUCCUCCGUUGCCAAUAUCGACAAUUGCUUCAUCGAAUUCCAAUACUUCUAUUAGUAUUGUUAAAACAUCUAAACGUAAUCUCAAUCGAAAUAAUCAUCAAACACCAUCACUAUCAGUUGCUCCAAUAUCAUCUGUGAGUCAAGGAACCACACCAGGUACUGGAAAUUUUAGUAGUAUCACAUCCGGUACUGGAAAUACAAUGAGAUCUGUAGUUAAAGAUUCUCCACCGAGUAGUCCCAGCUCAGAAAGUAUGAGCAGUACUGGACCAGGAAGAAGGAAAAAAAAAAGUGUUGAAGAUCGUGAUUCAAUUACUCCGCUUUCAUCCAUGAAUAUGAUACCUACUACGUUAGGAAACAAUACAAAAGAGGAAAAGGACGUGAAAUUAUUUCAAAAUGGUGUAAAUGCACCUCACAUGCUUGGAAACCAAUUGAAUCCAUCAUCAACAAUGGCUCAAAAAAUGUCUGACACACUUAACCAAGAAUUGGAAGCUCAUUCAAUUUUUACUGAAGCAAGUAAUUCGUCGACAACAUUAGUAGGACCACAACUUCAUAACCGUGUAAUUGCUUCGAUACGUUCUAAUCAAUCAGCUGCUCAACCACCGACAUCGUUUGCUUCGGUUUUUCAUACUAACAAUAUUGCAAAUACAAAUAUCAGUUCUUCUGGAGCAUUAGGUGGAAGUGCCAUUCCACAAACUUUAGAUCAACUACUUGAAAGACAAUGGGAACAAGGCAGUCAAUUUUUAAUGGAACAAGCCCAACACUUUGACAGUGAGUUCGCAUCACUUCUUUCAUGUUUACAUCAGCUAAGAGCUGAAAAUCUACGAUUGGAAGAACAUGUGAACAGUCUUUUACAGCGGAGAGAUCAUUUACUUGCAGUUAAUGCUCGAUUAGCUAUACCUCUUACUACUCAACCAAAUACGCAUUCAUUGAAUAAUAUUUAUUCAGUGGGAAGCCAGUCACAUCAGAAUAGUCCACACUCAGAUAUGGCGGUUGGAGUAACUUCGUCAAUAUCAAGAAUUAAUCGAGAUUCUCGAGUGAAUAAUAUUUAUUUACCACAUUCGAAUUCGACUGGACAUUCAAUAAUACUAGAAAAUGGAUUAUCAUCGGAUUCAUCAUCACCUGCAGUAGUAUCAGUUUCACAAUAUACACAUAGAGGACAGAUGGUAGCUCCACAACCAAGUCCGUCCAUAAGGCAUAGUUCAGGUACGAGUGCUUAUCUUCAAGGGCAAUCUAGUAAUAUUGUUACGCCAGUAAAUACUAAUAAUACCGGAGUCGUCAGGAAUUCUUCAUCAACCUCCGAAUCCUUGCGAGGAAUAACCAGAUCUUCCACGAGUUCAAGUCAUUUCAAUUCAAUCAACAAAUCAUUGCAAUAAUUACUAGGUUAAUGCCAUAGUCAUCAAGCAGUCAUCAGCACACUAAACAGCAAUAUUAAGUCAUUAAUAAACACCUCGGUGAAAUGUACUAUUGUUCUUAACAUAAAUUUAUAACGACUUAAGUCACAUAGAGAAAUUUGUUACAAUUUUGUAAAAUAUAAGUCAAGUAUCAGUAAUCAUGUAACCAAUUGUUAAAUUGAAUUUACUAAAGUCACAAAAAUUUUUUGUGCCGUUUAGGGAAUUAUUUUUUAAUUACUGAAACUGAUGGUAUAUAAAUUUAUAUAAGAGGUAAAAUGCAAUCACUGUUAAUUAUAAUAGUAAUCAAAACAUUAUAUUAAUAAAUGACUGUGUAAUUUCUUCAUACUGCUGAAGCAAACUAAAAGUGAUAACGAUCAAUUUUAUGCAUAUAUAUAAUAUCAAAUAUUUAUUCUUUUCUGUUUUCGCAGUUUAUUUAACAUUUUAAUCACACUAUUAUUAAGUAUUAAGAAAGUUUAAUGUACUAUUAUGUGUUUUAGAUCAUAAUUAAAUACAUUUUUUUCACCUGGA